AUGGAGAACCUACGGCGCUCGCUCCAGGGCUUCCCCCACUGGGCACAGCAGCCCAUCCCGAACUUCUCUCUGAGCGCCGGCGGCCUGAUCGCCCUCGCCGACCUGAGCACCGUCGCCAAGCGCACGGCCAUCGCCGGCGGCUCCUCAUGGCUAGACAGCCUGCUCCUGGCGCCGGGCCUGCACUACCAGCAGGCCGCCGACACCAUCUCCGGCGGCGGCGGGCCUUCCGGCUCUGGCGCCAUCACCGCCAUCGAGACGGACAAGGACGGGCGUAGAGUGACGCACGCUGUCAACAACGCCGCCACGAUCGAGUACAUCCGCUCCAUAUCCCGGCCCGGCGAGAUGGUCACCAUCGACGUCGGCAUGCUGCCCAGGGCGGCGAGGCGGGGCUUCAGGCGCCAGACCAUAGGCCAGCGGGCGACGGUGUGGACCGAGACCAAGGCCCCCGACCUAGGCUGGCUCUCCGAGCUGCUCUACCUCCUGAGCCCCCUCCUGACCAUCGUCGCCCUCGUCCUCAUGGUCCUCCUGCAGGACUGGUGGGGGCUCGGCCUCCUCUGCGCCCUGAUGCUCUCCCGCAUCCUCAACAUCUGGGUUAUCAAGCAGCGCUCCGCGCCUCCCAAGCCCAGACCCGUCCCUCCAAACCCGCCACCGCCUCCCCGCCACCACCACCCGGGACACGACGACCAAGGCGGCCCAGACCGCCGCCCUUACCACAGCCACAGCCACCCGCUCUCCUCUUCCUCCGACCUGACCUCCACCUCCGCCGCCACGACCUCCUCGUCAGCCCUCUCCGCGCCCGGCACGCCCCCGCGCCUGACCUCCCUGCUCGUCGAGCUGCCCGACGGCCGCAGCGUCUCCCUGCGCGGCAUGUCGGACGACCUGCAGGCCAUCACGGCCGGCGCCUGGCUGCGCUCCAAGACGCACGUCGAGGGCUACCUCGAGGCCGCCGCCAAGCUGCUCGUCUUCCUCGUCGCCGCCUUCAGCGGCAACCAGACCCAGGCCGGCGCCAUCGUCAUGAUGGCCCUGCUGCUCUGCAGCGCCGGCCUGCUCGCCCUCAGCAACGCCCACGCCAAGGGCGUCAGGAUGAACGGCCGAGUCGUCUCGCCCUACGCCGAGAUGCCGCCACAGCCGCCCAGGCCCAGGAUGGGCAGAGGAGGAGGAGGAGGCAAGGGCGUGUUUGUCAGUGGUGGUGGUGGUGGUGGUGGUGGCGGUGGAGGUGCUGGCGCCAAGAGGGUUGAUCCGUCGUAUCCUGUCGAGGCGCGCGGUGGUGAAGAUGCAGGUAGUUGGAUUGAGAGUGCCAGUGACGGUAUGGAUGACUGGGCCGAGAAGGGGCAGGCUGGAGGGCAGGUGGCACCUUCUCACGACCUGCCUGCGGGGCAACAUCAUAUAGACGAAUCAUGA